CGGGGCGGGGCGAACAGACGCCAUCGCCGCGCUACCGGCCGGCUGCGUGCUGGUCAGCGCCGAGCGCCGCGGCGUCCCCGCCUAGUCCCCGCGGCGGCGCGCGGCCGGCCUGGGCGGCGGCAGCCCAGGAUGCGGAGGCGGUGGCUCUCCGAGACGAUGCUCCGGCGCUGAGGAGACGCGGCACCCGAGCGCCGGCGGCGCAGCGACGUGGGCCGCAUGGCGCAGCCCUCCAGCCCCGGCGGCGAGGGGCCGCAGCUCGGCGCGGCAGGGGGCCCGCGCGACGCGCUGAGCCUGGAGGAGAUCCUGCGGCUCUACAACCAGCCCAUCAACGAGGAGCAGGCGUGGGCCGUGUGCUUCCAGUGCUGCGGCUCCCUGCGCGCUGCCGCCCGCCGCCAGCCCCACCGCCGCGUGCGCUCGGCCGCGCAGAUCCGCGUCUGGAGGGACGGCGCCGUCACCCUGGCGCCCGCGGCCGGCGAGGAGGGCGAGCUGCCCCCCGCCUCCGGUAAAUUGGGAUAUUCACAUUGUACAGAAACAGAGGUUAUUGAGUCCCUGGGAAUUAUUAUUUAUAAAGCAUUGGACUAUGGCUUGAAGGAAAACGAAGAAAGGGAGCUGAGCCCUCCUCUAGAGCAGCUCAUCGACCAAAUGGCCAAUACUGUGGAGGCUGACGGUAGCAAUGAUGAAGGGUACGAGGCUGCAGAUGAAGGCCCAGAAGAUGAAGACGGAGAGAAGAGAAGCAUCUCAGCCAUUCGGUCCUAUCAAGACGUCAUGAAGAUAUGUGCUGCUCAUCUCCCAACUGAGUCGGAGGCACCAAAUCAUUAUCAGGCAGUAUGUCGAGCUUUGUUUGCAGAGACCAUGGAACUGCACACAUUUCUGACCAAAAUUAAGAGUGCAAAGGAGAACCUUAAGAAGAUCCAAGAAAUGGAAAAGAGUGAUGAAUCCAGCACAGAUCUGGAGGACCUGAAAAAUGCGGACUGGGCACGGUUCUGGGUACAGGUGAUGAGGGAUUUGCGAAAUGGGGUAAAACUUAAGAAAGUCCAACAGCGGCAGUACAACCCACUGCCCAUUGAAUACCAGCUCACCCCAUAUGAGAUGCUCAUGGACGACAUUCGGUGCAAAAGAUACACCUUGAGAAAAGUAAUGGUAAAUGGUGACAUUCCCCCUCGGUUAAGAAAGAGUGCUCAUGAGAUCAUCCUUGACUUCAUCAGAUCCAGACCCCCUUUAAAUCCAGCUUCGGCCAGGAAACUGAAACCAACCCCACCACGGCCACGGAGCCUCCAUGAAAGAAUAUUAGAAGAAAUUAAAGCAGAAAGAAAGCUUCGGCCUGUCUCGCCAGAAGAAAUUAGACGGAGCAGACUAGAUGUCACUACGCCAGAAUCUCCAAAGAAAGUGGGAGAAUCAUCUGUGGUGAAUGGAGGCUUAACAUCUCAAACAACAGAAAAUGAGCUGAGUGCCGCCCAGCAGGGGCCUGCGCAGCGGAAGAGGCUCCUCAAAGCCCCAACCCUGGCUGAGCUGGACAGCUCUGACUCUGAGGAGGAAACUCUGCACAAGUCAACCAGCAGCAGCAGUGCAUCUCCCUCCCUCUAUGAGGAUCCAGUACUGGAGGCCAUGUGCUCCAGGAAGAAGCCUCCAAAAUUCUUGCCCAUCUCGUCAACACCCCAGCCAGAGAGAAGGCAACCACCGCAGAGGCGCCACUCCAUUGAGAAGGAAACACCUACGAACGUGAGGCAGUUUCUGCCACCAUCUAGGCAGAGUUCACGGUCUCUUGUUCCUAGGAUAACCAGUGUAUGGCCAAGGACGCCUUUCCGACCACUUUUCUCUACCAUACAAACAGCUUCUCUGCUGAGCUCUCAUCCUUUUGAAGCAGCCAUGUUUGGGGUUGCAGGGGCUAUGUAUUAUCUGUUUGAGAGAGCUUUUACCAGCAGGUGGAAACCCUCAAAGGAGGAAUUCUGCUACCCAGUGGAAUGCCUCGCGCUCACUGUGGAGGAAGUGAUGCACAUUCGUCAGGUCCUGGUGAAAGCAGAGCUGGAAAAGUACCAGCAGUAUAAGGAUGUCUACACUGCCCUGAAGAAAGGAAAGCUCUGCUUCUGCUGCCGAACCCGGAGGUUUUCCUUCUUCACCUGGUCUUACACCUGUCAGUUCUGUAAGAGGCCCGUGUGCUCACAGUGUUGCAAAAAGAUGCGGCUGCCUUCCAAGCCAUAUUCCACUCUCCCUAUCUUCUCCUUGGGACCUUCUGCCUUGCAAAGGGGGGAAAGUUGUUCGAGAUCAGAAAAACCCUCCACUGGUCACCAUCGGCCGCUUCGAAGUAUCGCCAGGUUCUCCUCAAAAUCAAAGUCUGUGGACAAAUCUGAUGAAGAGCUCCAGUUUCCCAAAGAGUUCAUGGAGGACUGGAGCACAAUGGAGGUGUGUGUAGACUGCAAAAAGUUCAUUUCCGAGAUCAUUAGCUCAAGCCGGCGCAGCCUGGUGUUGGCCAACAAGAGAGCCAGGUUGAAAAGGAAAACACAAUCUUUCUACAUGUCCUCGGCGGGCCCCUCGGAGUACUGCCCCUCAGAACGGACUAUCAACGAGAUCUGAGCCCUGUGCCUUCCCCUCUGUGCAGAGGCGGGCAGUGCAGCAGUGCUACAGGACUCUUCCCGGGUCUCCUUCACAGGCUCCGUCUGCAGCAGGUCAGGCUUGGGCUGCACCUGAGACACAGACUUAGGCUGUGUUCAAAGCAGCCGAUGGUGUGAGGCAGGUCAGCCACUUGUUCAUUUGCACUCAGAAAGCCUAAAACUUGAUUUUGUGUAUGUGAAUAGGGAAGCCAGAAACUUCCUUGGUUCGGUUCCUCAAUGUUCUUCAGAUAAUCUCCUGACUAAGGCAAAAGCUUCUUGCGUGUGAAGUCAGUCUGACGGAGUGUUGAUGUUAGCACAGUUGUAAGCAGUAAGUCAUAUUGGCAUUCCACGUGACAGUGUUCCUAGCUCAUGUACAUAAUGUCCAAAGCCCUGCCACACACCGGCUCCCUGGGGUGGGCCAGGUUGGCUAUCAUCUCACAGCACAAAUCUCGAAGGCCUUGCUGAUAAUUCUCUUUGGGGCUCUGGCUGCAUCCAGUGCAGAACAAUCAAGUAAGCUGUACUCUGAUCAGUCGGCGGCCACUUCUCUGCGCUCAGGGCAGCCUCAGUGUCUCCUGAGCUGCUCACAGCCUUCAUUCCCUAGUGUGAAUGUAUUAUGGUUUUGAAUAGUUUUUUAUAGUACUUAUCUAAGAAUUAAGAUUUUGUGGAAGUCUGAGGGAAAAAAAAGACUAAAAUUCUGUCAAGCAGCUGAGCAGGUUUUGGUUGACAACAGGCUGUGGCAGCAGGGCGCCAGCAGAGGAGCUACGGCUCACACACGGCUUCACCUACAUUUUCCAUAACUUUAUAGUGUGGCCAUCAGGACUAAAUUAACCACAGUUUGGUAUCUAGGUCUCAAACUGAAGUUUAUUUUUAUAAAUGAAUUUUAAAAGAAAAACCUUGGCUGUUUUAAAAUCUCAAGAAAAUUAACCUGCUGCCAUGCAUAAUUUUCUGAUGCUUUUGCACUUGUAAAUGUCACUGCAUUUCUGAUGAAGGGCGACAGGUAGUACUGUGUGUCUGAAUUCCUCAGCUCCUGUGAUGCAGUGGGCUGCCCCUCAUUUCCAUAUGCUUAGAAAUAACUGGUCAGUCAAAUUACCACCAACGUUUGGGAAAUGAGUUAAAGCACGUGCACAGUGUGACUCAUGAGAGCUGUUAAAUCCACCCUCAUCAUCACCACUGGUGACAGCCCCAUUUAAUAAAAGGCAUGACAGUUGCAUUUCAUACCAACAUCAAGUACAGUAACAUUUCCUAUUAAAUUGACAGUGACACCUCAGAAAUGCUCCAGUAGUCAUUUCUAAUGCAUUGAAAUUUAUAGUUUAGUAAAUGCCUUUAAAUUACUAAUACUGACGAAAUAAACUUUACCAGUUGACUAAUGCAUGUUAGUAGUUCAUCUGUACUGCAUGUAGAAGUGGGCCACCAGAAAACCCUUACAUUCCAGCUGUUCUUAAGACUAAGAGCUGUAAAAACUGCGGUGUGUGAAUCCCCUGUAUACAGUGUUCCCUGAGACCAUCCGAACUGUACACCACAGUUAGAUAGGAUCACCACUGUUUUGGCCCCAGGGAUACAUUCUAGAACGAUCUGGAAAUAAGCAAGGAAGAACGAAUAUACCUGUGUGGGUUCAUAAGCUUGCAUAUAGGGUAACAUGCUUCUGUUAAAAUGGACACUAAUGUUUGACUUCCCUCAUAAGACACUGAGCCCACCACCCCACAACUCACAAACCUCACUCAAAAAUCAGUGAUUUAGUAAACGUUACAGAUUUGACCUCAUUCCUUCAGGCUCACAGUACUGUGCAUUGUGAUUUGGGCAUUAUGACCCCUUUUACCACAACACCAGGAUAUAAAUUUUUCAGCACAUUAAUGGGAUUUGCCAAGUUCAAGUGUAUGCCAUGCCCAGUAAACAACCUGCAGGAAGUAGUGAGGAAAGGGCAUGUGAUAAGGUAGAAACUAUAGAAAUAAAAUUUUUGGGAGACACCAAAAUAGAUAUGUGCAUUUAACUGUAUCUUGUCUACAAGACUGGGCUCUUCACCCCCACCCCCACCCCACCCCAGCACUCGUACUAAGCUAGGAUUCCAUAGGCUAGGGCUUGGGGCCAGGGAGCUAAUGCUGCUGAUGUGACUUCCUUUUAAAGUCCUAGCUGACACAAUUAGAGCUUCCUGUUCCUCCAGCAACCUUGCGGCAGGACCUUUUGUCCUGCUUUCCUGCUGAGUUGUUGCUCUCUUAGUUCAACAAUUGUUUAUGGCUGACCCCAGAGUCUGAUGGUCUCCUGGAUACAUCUGUAUGUCCCUCCUCACCCCUCCAGGCGAGAGCACCAGCCAUUGGUUUCAGAGUAUGUAAAAAUGUUUGUAAAUAUUAGAACAUACUCAUUAAUAUUUGAAAGGCAUUCUGUCAUUGACAAUGGAAAGUAAUUCUCCGAAGAUAAGUAAAAAUUAAAUAAUUGGUUUGCACAUUGACUUAAUGACCUUAAUUACUUGAUUUCAAGUCUUAGUCCUUUAAAAUUAAACCCAAAAGUUAUUAUACAGUAAUUCUAAAAAUGAUCUGUUUUGAAGAGAUAUGUGGUUAGUACCGUGAACUCACACCAUGAAUUCUGUAAGGUUUUUAUUUUUCUAACUGUACUAAUAGAGGAUUGAACUUCAGGUGAAUGUAGGAGACAUGGAAGUUUUAAAUUAUGUUGCUAUUUGUUCCAAUAAAACAGAAAACUUUGCACAUUGAAGGACCAUGAAGAAAUGUGUCCCACUAACUAGGCUCUGACCUGGCUCCCCUGAUGUGUAAGCAGAGGAUGGCUGACAUGCCAGGGAAAAUGACAGUGCUGAGUGUUUCAGCCAGGUGUGAUGCCACACACCGUUAGUUCCAGCAUGCCAGAAGCAGAGGUAGAAAACCUGUGAUUUCAGGGCCAGCCUGGUUUACACAGUGAGACCUUGUCUUUUUUUUUUUUUAAGGUAUUUAUUUUAGAAUUGAUGAAGGGGGGAAAUAAACUGGUUUUCAUCAUA